GUGGCUCUACUUACAAGAAAAGGCGGUGUUGUUUCCUUCUCUUUUCCAGAAAACUUUGUUACUCUUCUCAAUUCCCAAACCCUAAACCCUAACCCGAACACUAGAGCCAAAAAUCCCGACGGCGAUGGCAUAUCACGCCGGAGACAACGACGGCGACGUCCAAAACCGGCGGUUCUAUAAUCCAUACCAAGAUCUUCAAGUUCCAAUUCAGAAACUCUACAAACUCCCAACUUCCCCCGAAUUUCUCUUCAAAGAGGAAUCUCUCGCACAGCGCCGAUCAUGGGGAGAAAACCUAACGUUCUACACUGGCAUCGGUUAUCUCUCCGGUUCCGUCGUCGGGGCAGGUAAAGGAUUUAUUCAAGGCGUUAAAGCUUCUGAGCCUGGGGACACGUUGAAGCUCCGGGUUAACAGAAUAUUAAACGGGUCGGGUCACACUGGUAGGAAGUUCGGGAAUCGAUUCGGAGUUAUUGGACUGAUGUAUGCGGGUUUAGAGAGUGGGAUGGUGGCGAUCAGGGAUACAGACGAUGUUAUCAAUAGCGUGGUGGCGGGUUUAGGGACUGGAGCAUUUUACAGGGCGGCGGCAGGGUUGAGGUCCGCGGCUGUUGCAGGGGUUAUUGGUGGAGCUGUAGUUGGGCUUGGAGUUGCAGCAAAACAGGCGAUGAAACGAUAUGUACCAAUCUGAGCUUGUUUUUGAUAGAGUUACUGGUGUUAUACUGGUGGUAGUUUUUGUGGAGCUCGCUGAAAUAGUUGAGGUGUAUGCAAACUGGUUAGGAUACGACAAAAUUGAAAUUUUAGCUCAUUGUUUAUUAUAUUGGCAUAGAUAGGUGAAAGUGUUGUAAUACAUUUCUAUUCACCUCAAUGAUUGUUAUGCCUGCACGUCAAA